CCUUCAAGCUGAGGAUGGAGCAUUUUAUCACCACCAUCGUUUGGAUUGUUAUGCUCUCUGAUUACCUUCAAGCAAACCCCAUCAAUAUGAAAGUGUUCUCUGAUGAACACACGAAAUCUGUCCAAUGUCCGGAGGAUUCGACGUUCUACGCUCCAGAAAAUGUGCAGGAACACUGCAUCGCCAGCGCGCUGGAGUGCUUCAGACAAGAGCUCAAUGGGACGGUCCGGGCCGAGUGCGACGUCCCCAAAGGACGCAUCGCCCAGUGGCUCAAAGUUCUGGACCACCUCGAAAAGAAGAGAGCGAGUCCUGACGGACAGGUAAGACCGGCUCACGUCGGAAGAGUCUGCAGGCCAAACGGUAGAAACGGUGAUUUAAAGAGACUGCUCUUGUUGCCAGGCGCUGCAGGAGGCCCCCGAGUGCGCCUGCGAGGCCUGGCCUCUCGUCACCUUCAGCCGCUUUCGGGAGCAGAUCGAGAAGCUCGCGGAGCAGAUCACGGCGGGGCAGAACACGGCGGAGUAGCAACUCCAGCAGCUCCAGUGACUCCGGCGGCGCCGCCACACGACCAGAUGAUUGUGUUUAACGCUCCAGAGCUGUUCUCAAAUGUUGACCUCUGCUGUGUCUCCUCUCACCAGCAUUGCAAUACGGGGACCGGCGACCCAACCACCUUGUAAUUUAUAUACAAUUCACUAACUAUGUAUUUAUAUUAUUGUAUGUAUUUAUUGUUUGUAUUUAUUGUUGCUUCAAAGCAGAGACUGAAAAAUAAACAUUUUGUC